AUCUCCAAAUAAAGGCAUCACACUUUCCAACGAUAUCUCCAAAGACAAAUAAAUUCUUACAAGUUUAGUGAGUUACAUCGACUAUUUAAAUAAUUCCCCAAAUAAAAAAAGAAAUUAAGAGACCAUCUCAUUAUAGUCAUAUCCAUUGACCCAGCCUCCCUCAACAAAAUUCCCACCCCACCUCAUGUGCUUGCAUAAAUAGAGCUUCUAGCUUCUCAUAGAAUCUCGCUAACUCAAAUCUCCUCAUACAAAAUCAAUUGGAGCAAUAUAUAUAUAUCUCACCACCGCCGGCGCCGCCGUAUACAGUGGUGUUGAAAGAGUUACAUAUGGCUGAGAUAUUAUCCGGUGCAAAUGGCAACCACGGAGUGGCGGUGCACAUAAAAGACGACGACGAUUUCAAUCGGAGCUCCCCAGAUUCCGACGCCCAAACUUCUACUGGCUGCUGCUCUCUCACUGUCCCCUUCAUACAAAAGAUAAUAGCGGAGACGCUGGGGACAUUCUUCUUGAUAUUCGCCGGUUGCGGCGCGGUGGCGGUGAACGCCGACAAGGAGAAGGUGAUAACGCUGCCCGGAAUAGCCAUAGUGUGGGGCCUGGUGGUGAUGGUCAUGGUUUACUCCGUCGGCCACAUCUCCGGCGCCCACUUCAACCCCGCCGUCACCAUUGCUUUCGCCUCCUGCAAGAGGUUCUCUUGGAAACAGGUACCAGCAUAUAUAGCCGCUCAAGUUGUUGGAGCAACCUUGGCUGCCGGAACCCUACGAUUAUUAUUCAGUGGGCCACACGAUCACUUCACCGGAACCCUACCCACCGGCACCCACAUACAGUCGUUGGUUGUAGAAUUUAUUAUCACAUUCUACCUCAUGUUCGUCAUUUCCGGCGUCGCCACCGACAAUAGAGCUAUUGGAGAACUUGCUGGCUUGGCUGUUGGAUCGGUUAUAUUGCUAAAUGUGAUGUUUGCUGGGCCGAUAUCGGGAGCGUCGAUGAAUCCAGCAAGGAGUUUAGGGCCCGCAAUAGUGUCGAACAAGUUCGACGGCAUUUGGAUCUACUUAGUGGGCCCAACAACUGGUGCGGUGGCGGGAGCCUGGGUUUACAACGUGGUCAGAUUUACUAAUAAGCCUCUUCGUGAAAUCACAAAAAGUGGGUCGUUUUUGAAGAGUUCAGCCCGGAACAAUUCCAAUUAAGCCCAAUAUCCGGCCCACUGUUUCUUGUAAUACAUAUAGCAAAAAAGGAACUCGUUGGAUUAUGAUGAAAUAAGUAUGGGUCUGAAUUAUGUAUA